CGGGGAUGUCUCUGUAAUUAUAUCAACCUACAACGGAUGUCAUUGCAAUUUAUCAAAAAACAAAUAUUCCCUACCUCACCUAUGAUUAACAGUUUAAAAUUCUUGAUGUCGUACACUUCCUAUUUUGUAUUCUGCACACCUGUGUGUCUGUGUGUGUUUCUGAGAGAGAGAGAGAGAGAUGAAGAAUCAAGAAACACAAAGGCAUGGACGAGUGGUGGUGUUAGUCCCGACUCCAUUGCAAGGGCACAUGACUCCGAUGCUUCAACUGGGUACCAUACUUCACUCCAGGGGUUUCUCCAUCGUCGUCGCCCACACAGAAUUCAAUUCUCCUAAUCCUUCAAACCAUCCUGAAUUCAUCUUCCUACCCAUCUCGGACAACUUAACUGAACAUGAGACCUCAUUCAAGAACCCACAGGAUUCAUUAUUAGCCAUUAACAAUAACUGCAAAGCACCACUCCAAGAAAACUUGGCUCAAAUGGUGGGAAAAAAGGCACCAAACGAACAGGUCAGUUGCAUCAUCUACGAUUCAUUCAUGUACUUUUCCAAAGCUGUGGCUAGUCAUCUGAACCUUCCAAGUAUACUGUUCCGCACCAGCUGUGCUCUCAACUUGCUAGCUUACCAUUCUAUUCUUCGGCUCCACGCAGAAGGUCAUCUCCCCUUUCAAGAUUCUAAGGCACAGGACCUGGUGCCAGGACUUCAUCCUCUCAGGUUUAAGGAUUUACCCUUGUCUGGUUUUGAAACCUCUGAAGAUUCAGUAAAACUUACUCAACUUCUCAGCAAUUUUACAACUUCUCCGGCCAUAAUUUGCAACACAGUGGACUACCUUGAGCAAUCAGCGGUGUCAAAGCUCCAACAACAUUAUCAAGCUCCAUUCUUUUUGAUAGGCCCUUUGCACAAAUUGGCUUCAGCCACAUCCACUAGCUUUUUAAAAGAGGACACCAAUUGCAUUGAAUGGCUUGACAAGCAAGCUCCUAGAUCAGUUAUCUAUGUAAGCUUCGGUAGCUUGACAAUCAUGGACAAGAAAGAUCUAAUCGAAAUGGCUUGGGGUCUAGCCAACAGUGGCCAACCUUACUUGUGGGUGAUUCGACCUGGCUCAGUUAGUGGCUCAGAACUUACUGAGCUCCUGCCGGAAGGUUUUGAAGAAAAAGUUGGAGAAAGAAGCUGCAUAGUUAAAUGGGCACCCCAAAAGGAGGUGUUGGCACAUGGUGCAGUGGGAGGGUUUUGGAGCCACUGUGGUUGGAAUUCAACCUUGGAAAGUAUUUCUGAGGGGGUUCCUAUGAUAUGUAAGCCCUGUUUUGUAGACCAAAAAGUGAAUGCAAGGUACCUGAGUUACAUAUGGAAGGUAGGCCUAGAAAUGGAGAAUGAUUCGGAGAGGGGGGAUAUCGAGAGAGCUAUAAGAAGACUUAUGGUGGAUAAAGAAGGGGAUGAAAUGAGGCAAAGAGCGAUUGAUAUGAAGGACAAGAUUGAAGCUUGUGUGCAGAAAGGAGGUUCUUCAUAUAGUUCCUUGAAUAACUUACAAGAAUUCAUCCUAUCAUUCUGAUAUACUGCUUGAUCAGGUCAAUAAGCACUUGAGGUCUCAUGAUGUAGAUGAAGGAGCUCAACUGAAUUCAGUUUAUGCAAUCCUAGAAAUGGUAUUGUUAAAGAAGAGUAAAUCUAUUUAGAAUUUCAAUAAGAGCAACAUAAUUACCUUAAAUAAUUGGAAAAAAAAAAAAGACUAUUAUAGCCAUGCAUUAGUGUUUGAAGCAUUGUAGGGAAAGAAAAAAAGAAGAAGAAGAAGAACAAAGCUGUAUGAAAAUAUGCAAAAGCUGUUCAAGAAGCAGAACAUUUAUUAGAUGUUGUGUGAAAAUUGGUUCAACAUUUGGGAUCUUUUGAUAUUGCUUCUUUAGCUACUUUUUUUUAUCUUCAAUCUUGGAAUUGGAAAUUGGCUAGUAUUAAAUUUUGGGAAUCAAUUGAUUUACCUCUCCCAAAGCUCGUUAUAAGUGCAAACUCUAUAAGUUUACAGAAAAAAAUAGAUGUUAGGCUACAUUGAGAUAAAUUUAUUUGGUACAAAGGGCUGGGCU